AAUAGGAAAAAGGCUUAACUGAGUAGUUCUGGAUCAGGAUCUCUCAUAAAGAGAGUCAAGCUGUUUAGUGAGACUGCAGUCAUCUGAAGGUUUGACUGGGGCUAGGAAUCUGCUUCUAAGAUGGGUCACUCACAGGCUGUCAGCAAGAGGACUCAGUUCCUCACCAUGUGGAUCUCUCCAUAGGGCUGCUGGAGUGUCCUCACACCCUGGCAUCUCAUUUCCUCCAGAUAGGGCCUUCCUCAAGGGCAGGGGGAAGCCACAAUGUUUUUUAUAGCCUGUGUUCAGAAGUCACAUGCUGUUCCUUCCAUAACUUUCUAUUCAUUAGAAGUGAGUCACUAGGUCCCCACAAUCAAGGGGAGCAGAAUUGGGCUUUACCUUUGGAAGAAGGAGUAGCAGAGAAUUUGCGGACACGUUUUAAAAUCCUCAUACAUGUAAUUUUUGGAAUGUAUACCGUUCUUCAAGAAGCUUAAAAUAAUAUGAUUUUAAAACAAAUAUUUUUCGAACUUAUACAGGACUGUAUGUCAAUUAUAUCUCAAUAAAACUGGAAAAAAUAAUUUAAGCCUAAAAAUAAAUAAAUAAAAUGCUCAACAUCACUAAUUAUUAGAGAAAUGCAAAUCAAAACUGCAUUGAGCCUAUUCCUCCCUUUCUGGUGAGGUUUGAGCAGAGCGAGACGGGGAAUGUGGACACCAGUUUUUCCGUUUUCAUCAUGAAAACACCUCUGUUGCAAAGAUGGUCAACGUACCUAAAACCUGGAGGACUUUCUGUAAGAAGUAUGGAAAGCAGCAGCCCCACAAAGUGACCCAGUAUAAGAAGGGCAAGGAUUCCCUCUAUGCCCAGGGAAAGAGGUGCUAUGAUAGGAAACAGAGUGGCUAUGGUGGGCAAACAAAGCCAAUUUUCUGGAAGCAGGAUGAAACCACAAAGAAGAUUGUGCUGAGGCUUGAAUAUGUUGAGCCCAACUGCAGAUCCAAGAGGAUGCUGGCCAUUAAAAGAUGCAAGCAGAGAUAAGAAGAGAAAGGGCCAAGUGAUCCAGUUCUAAGCUUUGAGAAUUUUUUGUAUUCUAUAUUUAAGAGGAAAGUGUUGAAGCCAUGGGGGAAAAAUGCCUGUCUGAGAAUACA